GCUGGUGAAGAGCGGAUUUCUUAGAAACGGUCGUGAGAGCAUCUAAGCGGCCUUGGGAUGUCUCUGGCAGAUGAGCUCUUGGCUGACCUUGAGGAGGCAGCGGAAGAGGAGGAAGGAGGAAGCUAUGGAGAAGAAGAGGAGGAACCAGCAAUCGAGGAUGUGCAGGAGGAGACGCAGCUGGAUCUUUCUGGGGAUUCAGUCAAGAGCAUUGCCAAGCUAUGGGAUAGCAAGAUGUUUGCGGAGAUCAUGAUGAAGAUUGAGGAGUAUAUCAGCAAACAAGCCAAAGCUUCAGAAGUGAUGGGACCAGUGGAGGCAGCCCCUGAGUACCGAGUCAUUGUGGAUGCCAACAACCUGACUGUGGAGAUAGAAAACGAGCUGAACAUUAUCCAUAAGUUCAUCCGGGAUAAGUACUCGAAGAGAUUCCCUGAGCUAGAAUCCUUGGUCCCCAACGCUCUGGAUUACAUCCGCACAGUCAAGGAGCUGGGCAACAGCCUGGACAAAUGCAAGAACAAUGAGAACCUCCAGCAAAUCCUGACCAAUGCUACCAUCAUGGUUGUCAGUGUUACCGCAUCCACCACCCAGGGGCAGCAGCUGUCAGACGAGGAGCUAGAGCGGCUGGAGGAGGCCUGUGACAUGGCACUGGAGCUGAAUGCCUCCAAGCACCGCAUCUAUGAGUAUGUGGAGUCCCGGAUGUCCUUCAUCGCACCCAACUUGUCCAUCAUCAUUGGAGCAUCCACAGCUGCCAAGAUCAUGGGUGUGGCCGGAGGCCUAACCAACCUCUCCAAGAUGCCUGCCUGCAACAUCAUGCUGCUGGGAGCCCAGCGCAAGACCCUGUCUGGUUUCUCCUCUACCUCUGUGCUGCCUCACACCGGCUACAUCUACCACAGUGACAUCGUGCAGUCUCUGCCCCCAGAUCUCCGGCGGAAGGCAGCCCGGCUGGUGGCUGCCAAGUGCACUCUGGCAGCCCGUGUAGACAGCUUCCAUGAGAGCACAGAGGGGAAGGUGGGCUACGAACUAAAGGAUGAGAUUGAGCGCAAGUUUGACAAGUGGCAGGAGCCGCCACCCGUGAAGCAGGUGAAGCCCCUGCCUGCGCCCCUUGAUGGGCAGCGGAAGAAGCGAGGGGGCCGAAGGUACCGCAAGAUGAAGGAGCGGCUAGGGCUGACCGAGAUCCGGAAGCAGGCCAACCGCAUGAGCUUUGGAGAGAUUGAGGAGGAUGCCUAUCAAGAAGAUUUGGGCUUUAGCCUGGGCCACUUGGGCAAGUCAGGCAGUGGGCGUGUGCGGCAGACACAGGUGAAUGAAGCCACCAAGGCCAGGAUCUCCAAAACCCUGCAGCGGACCUUACAGAAACAGAGUGUGGUGUACGGCGGGAAGUCUACCAUCCGUGACCGCUCCUCAGGGACAGCCUCCAGUGUGGCCUUCACUCCACUCCAGGGUCUGGAGAUUGUGAACCCACAAGCAGCGGAGAAGAAGGUGGCAGAGGCCAACCAGAAGUAUUUCUCCAGCAUGGCUGAGUUCCUCAAGGUCAAGGGUGAGAAAAGCGGCACCAUGUCCACCUGAAGGGCCCACCCCCCCGCUGGAAGGACACGGAGGGCUGGAGCUUCUCAAGUGAUGGAUACCCAGCAGGGAAGGGGCCACCCGCUGGAAGGACACGGAGGGCUGGAGCUUCUCAAGUGAUGGAUACCCAGCUGGGAAGCUGUGGUGGAGGCAGCCUGCCCUGCCCUGCCCUGCCCUUGGCCCAAGGCCAGAGCAUCCAAGGAAAGGGGUGAAGAGACUUGGUCUGCCUCCCCCAGCACCCAGACCACUGCUGCCCCCGUUAAGUGGGCGAGGUCUUCCUCACACUCAUCUUUUUUACUUACAUGGGGAAAGGAAGUGAUUUUCUAGAAAGAGUACAAUUAAAUGCUCAGUGUCAGGCUCUGA